UGUAAUGAACGCUGACCGCAGCCAGAAGAAUUAUUCAUCGUGGGAACGUAAGAAUCUUCAAAUUACAUUUCCAUUAUUUAAAAAAAUUUUUAUUCUUUUAAGUCAAUAAUAACUUAAUAGCUAAUAUUCAUGGUAAAAAAAUUAACACGUAAUAAACAAUAUUAAAAAAUAAAUUUAAAUAACAUAAUAUGAAUAACAUCUAUAAAAAAUCGAGAUGAAAGAUGUUUUAAAAUAAGUAAUUUUUGCUAGAAGAAAGAAGUUAUCUUGAAUUUUCUUUUUCUCGUGCACUGUAUAAAAAUCCAGAAACUUUUGAUAUUUAGGUCAACUCUGCUCGAUAAAACUCCGUCGUAAUGAUUGUAGAGACUCCUUCUCAAUCGCAGUUCCUUCAGAAGUAACGCUAUUCAUAUUCUAGCCCUAAUUUAAGUUUACAAAUUCACAUCACGUCGCAAUGUCGUGCAACUUUCAUUCAAUCUCUUGUAUGAUUUGCAAUGCAAAAGCAUUUCCUUAUUUUCAACAUACAAAUUUCAUAACAUGAUGAAUAAUACCGUAACACUAAUUAUAACAGAACUAAUUAUAACAGAAAUAAUAAAAGUUUUUAUUUUUAAUUUUUGCUCAGAAAUAUUUUGCAAGCAAAAUUCUUCAAAAAUAUAAAAUAUAAAUAAAAAUGUAGCGCACACAUACACACCUCUAUAUCUUGCAGCAAAAACCAUCUUGCAGCAAAUAUGCAGAAAAAGUAAAAAAAAAAAACAAGGUUAUUUGCAAGAAUAAUUGUUUUUAUGAAAUCGUGACCAGUUGACAAUUUAUUUCUUUAAAAGUUCUGUUUCACGAAAUUAUAAGUAGAUUUUUAACCGGUACACGAUAUAUGGUAUACAUAUUACACGAUAUAUACAUAUAUCGGUAUAGAAUAUAUACAUGAAUGUUUACCGUGAUAAAAAUAAUUUUAAAAUGCAAAGCGAUCGCUUUGUAAUAAAAGUAGCGGAGUAUUCAUAAAGCUUUACGUAACAUACGAUUUUGCUUAAAAAUUCAAUAUGCAAAUGCCUCUCUGUCUCUAUCUUCUGACUACUAAUAACGUGCUUCACUUUUAUUCGCUACUAUCCUAAAAAAUUCAUAUUGCGGAAAACAUGCACGGUUCAUCGCGAUCAGGAUGACAUCGCGCUACUACGUUGUUUGCCUCUUGAGUCUCUUGACACAUCUUCCCGUCCGUCAACUUUCCGUCCGCGAAAAAUGUAAAACUCGCUCGCUCAUAACCCCAGAUUUAUCGCGCGCCGAUCUCGAUGAAAUAUUCAUCACGUCGCGGACAGACUCGCGGCAAGAAGGGAUCCUUGAAUGUCCAACGGGAGUGGAUCGUUCGACGAUACAGCGAUACACGGCAAGCUGGAACCACCGAGAUCGCUGCACGGUGUCGAGGAUGCCGAAGUCAUUUGGGACACGAUCACACGGCGAUUCCCGAAUGCGGCGCCGCUCCUCUGCGAGAUGGAAACGGUGAUCGAACGAGCGGAGGAUCUGCUGCAGCAGCUCAGGACGCCUUGCGCUCAGGAAAACGACACGUCCAGCUCGUUUCACACACCGGAUUCCCGGGAAUCUAAUGCGACGAUUUCGAUGGUAUCCGACAUAGAAUCGUUCGCGGAAGAAACGAAUAGUACGGAAUAUUGCGAGGCCACCGAGAAUGUUGAAGCACAAUUUACGGUACACGAUAGUCACGAAAAGCCGGCGGAUUUAGAGUCUCGACGUUGCAGUGAACAAUCCAUUCAGCGCGAGAAGAAACAUCCCUGUCAGGGAUAUCAUUUGAAUUCACCUCCAACAGUCGACGAGGUCGUUCAACAUUUCAAAACGAGCUCGAUGAAUAAGUGUCACAAUUCCCAGGGGGAAUCAGGCACUAACGUAAAGGAUAAUGCUGACAAAGCAAUCGGCGUUAGUUCGGAAGAAAGGCUGAUGAAAGCAGUGACUAAAACGAGUAGUUUGGAAGGAUGGAUGAAAAUGACCGAUGACGUGUUACAAGAACGGCCUGAAGAUGUAAAAGUCUCAGAUGAUAACAAUGUGGAAACUCGUCCGGGUGUCGACGGGAAUGCGGACAACCAUUCAUCGGUGGUCGACGAUGAUGACGAAUACGGCAAAACCGACGAGAAAAAAGUCAGUGUUGUGAAAUGUUCUGCGACAACUGUGAAUAAUCGCUCACCGUUGGAUAUCCUUGAAGAAUACGCAAAACGGUGCAAAGCGUCGGUCAAAUAUAAGUACAAACCAAAAUCGAAUAUGUACGUGAUGAACGGUGACCUGUGUGGAUUUCGCGGUAAAUACUUAGUAACUUGUACAAACAGAUUACGCGGAAUAUUAUCACCCGCAUCAUGCAUGCUGAGUAUUACUUUUUCAUCCCAGUAACACUGCAGAUUAUUCCCCCUGCGGUUAUUACUUAACGAUUAUUUUAAUCUUUGUUCGUCCGUAUAACUCCGGCAUAUAAAAUGUUGCAAGUGCUUCUUUACACGUUGUUAAACAUA